AUGCAAGAUUGUGACAAUAACCUCCUUAAUUGGAUGCGAUUAGAUAAUUUAGAAAUGCAAAUUAUUGAUCUGCAAUCCAAUCCAAUUUGGGUAAAUAAAUUUGUGAAUAUGCGGAAGCUUGUUGAAGAUUUAGAAAGCCAUCGAUCCCAAAAUGUGGAAUCAGAAUGUUUCAUGGAAAGUAAAAUUUUAGAAGCUUGGAAUAGUAUGCCAGAUACCUUUUAUUCAGUCAAAAAAUUAGCAAUCUCGUUGUUAACGAUUUUCUCUUCCACUUACUCUUGCGAAAGUCUUUUUUCCGUUUUGAAUCAUGUACAUUCAAAGACUAGAAACAGAUUAACAGAGGAAGAUUCGGCAGCAUGUAUUACUCUGCAGUCAACAAUGUACCAGCCCGACAUAAAAACUCUUGCAAAGAAAAUACGAAAUGAUUGA